AUGGUAGAAAAUGAAAUGGCAGACUGUGCUGCUAAGCAGGCAGAAACUCUUUUGGAGCAUAGAUUUCCCUACAGCGAUAGGACUAGAGAAUUUGAUGAUAUCGGGGAUGAUGAGCGGUCUGCUCAAAGAAGAAGGUCGUACGAUGAAAGACAAGUCCAGGAAAACGUGCGAAGACAGAUUUUAGAUUUCCUCCGUGAACAAGCAGCACUAGCUGCAGCUGGGGUGGUUGAGGAUCUAGAAGAUGACGUCUUCAUCGCCAACCCCCCAAGAAUGCCUGCACCACCUCCACCAUUAUCUCCAAUCUUAUCGCCAGAAUAUCCUCCACCUCCUCCUCCAAUGUCUCCACCACCUCCACCUCCAAUGUCUCCACCACCUCCACCUCCAAUGUCUCCACCACCUCCACCUCCAAUGUCUCCACCACCUCCACCUCCACCGUCUCCACCACCUCCACCUCCAAUGUCUCCACCACCUCCACCUCCACCGUCUCCACCACCUCCACCUCCAAUGUCUCCACCACCUCCACCACCUUCUCCUCCACCUCCACCACCUUCUCCUCCACCUCCACCUCCACCAACUUCUCCUCCACCUCGAAGAGCUAGGGCCCAACGACGACGGAGGCAGCCCCCCCUUAUUCCUGCUGCCUCCUACCCCGCACCGCCCGCUAACAAUCGGGACAUAAAUAGACGAGUCCAAGAAAGACAAAGACGGCAGGCCGCCAAAGCCAGGCUUGAAGCCUUGUAUGAAAAAAUUACAGAUUACUGCCCUGCGGUCAAAGUAACCAGGGCCCUUUUCAAUAGACGGAUAAAGGAAAUUAUUGGAGAUGAGAGCGGUCCCGCGCUCAGCAUCGCUUUAGAUGCAAUUCCGGCGCCAGAUUCGCCCGAGGAGAAUUUGGUGCUCAGGCGAUAUUCCUUGGCCCAUGAUGUGGCUAUAUUUGCCCAUCGCAAGACUAUCAUGGACCGGGAUAUAUCCCUGGCCAUCGAAUAUCUUUGGGCUUGA